GAUAAAAUAAAAUCCGUUUGAUUAUUCGGAUAGCUAGGGUCUGGCUAGAUGUUUUGUUUUGUUUCUUGGUUACAUGGAAAAUAGGGAGAUGGAACCCUUCCAUAAAUAUCAUUUAGAUGAAUAUCAUUAAAGACCACCCGUAGAGUAUUCUUUCUUUGGAAUUAUCAUUUCAUAUCAUAGAGUGCACGGCAGACUCUUUGCCAAUACCGGUUAUUUUCAUGUAAACAGUGUCAAUGUUGUCAUGACAAUAAACCAAGGCAAGGGAUGAGCAAUGUCGCAAUAUGGCUGUGCCUGCUGGCAUCAAAUUAGAUGAAGGGAGCAGUCAUUUUGUUUCAAACUGCUUUCCCGUUCGACAGAUAUUUGGAUCAUCUGAUAGUGCUGGAGCAUGGUUGGUUGCUCAUCGAACAGAACAAAUCAGACAUCUAACCGAGCCCGAAGCAGAACCCAAGACAUAUGCACAGCUCAAGUAUGAGCGCAAACAGAAAGAGAAAGAGGAAAGAAGGGUGAAAGGAGAGACACUCGUACAAGAUGAGGAGGAAGAUAGUACAACCCCAGGAGUUUUAGAUGGAUUCUUUUUGCUGAAACACUGUUGUGUGGAAGACCCAUCAGAUCUGUGUUCAGUUAAUAUAUCUGGUCAGGAUCUGACAGACGCCAAGGAAGAAGAUUUUGAACUCUUUGUUAAUGUUGCCUAUGUCAACGCUGGUGAAAACUUGUUACCUUUUGAUGCUUUCAAUCAUUUUCCAAUCAUACGUGAGCUAGAGUUACCUUUGAACGGACUCCGAAAUAUUAGAGUAGAGUACAACCAUUUCCCUUAUUUAGAGGUAUUGGACCUUUCACACAACAAUCUUUCCAAGGAUGACGUGGGUAAUCUUGGUCUUCUCACCAAUCUGCGAGUCCUGUACCUCACAGGGAACCAGCUUAGAUCAUUACCUCAGGAGAUGGGCAAACCGUUCAAAGUACAAAUAAGUGACUCUGAGUCGAGUCGAAUACCAAGGUUCUCUAAGCUGGAGAUACUUAAUCUAGACGAUAAUAGCUUGCAUGAUCUUGCCAUAUUCUCCAGUCUAGCAGGACUUAAAAAACUUCGACAACUCAACCUUGAUAAGAAUGAGAUUGUGUUUGUACCACACUUGAAAGCCUUGAGUGGUCGCUUGGUUGCUGUAGACAGUUUAUCAGACUCUACAUUACGCAAGGGUCGACCUCGGUCCGGGAAGGGACGGAAAAAGGGCGGGGCCAGGAAGGAGGAUCAGGAGGAGCGUAGUGAGGAAACCACACCACAGGGCAGUGAGCUAGGAAAAGGAGCUGCCUCUGAGAUAUCAAACCUUCUUGAUGACAUCGAGGAAGAAGGGGACCUCUUAGAUGCUUCUCAUGUCUUAGAUGGCGAGAUGAACAAACUUCCUCCUCCGUUUCCUGAGCUCACAUCGCUUAGUCUAGCUUAUAAUAAGAUAUCACAGGAAGAAGGUCUUCUAGGAGUGGCCGCUUGGCCCAUGCUUCAGGAACUCAUCAUCCACAACAACCCCCUCACCACCCUGAACAGCGGCCACCCACCCCUUCUCAAGCGGUACCUCACCAGUCGGCUUGGUAUACGCAUGGUCAGGAGGAAACCUAGCAUGGUACCCAAACCGUCCGUGGUGGUUCCCAAUAAACCACAUAGAAAGGUAGCAGAGAUAGUUCCACCCAUCCCCAAGAAGCCACUGCAGCUGAUGCUUGAAGGUCCACAUCCAGACUCCAAACCGACCACUUCCCAGACCCCUCCUCCAAAGCAAUCGAAACACCCCUCCAGAGAGGAAAGGACUCGCCCAUCCUCCCAGCCUCUACCACCCAUACAGCACACCCAAGAUGGGACCGAUCCAUUGCGCGUUAGGGAGGUGCAGGAUCAAGAGGAGAGGAUGGAGAGGACUAAGUCCUGGACAGAGGAGAGCUUUGGUGGAUCUGAUGCUGAAGAUGAACCUAGACCUGAACCUAAGACCAAGGAUAAGGAUGCAGAUGAACCAGUCUUCUUGACACAGGUUGAUGAACAACCAGAGGAUGAGGUUUCCAAACACGAGAGACUCACACCAAAGCCUCCUUCACAAGCCCCAAGACCUCCAAACAAACCUAAGAUUAGGAAACCAAGGGUCGACAGCGCUGCCUACUCCAUGGACGUCCCGCAGAAGUUCAAAGGUUACGAGGUCUUCUACGACGCGCCCGAUGACCCGGAAGUGUACACCGCCCCUGAUAUCCAGAGCAAUUUGAGGUCGUUGCGUCUCGCGUUGAAGCAUUCAACGGUGUACGGAGAGAACAAGGUUGAUCUGCAGAGGGUUCAGAAGCCAUUCAAAGCGUAUCAAAAGAACAAAGUUCCUGGGAAGCCUCAUCACCCGUCCAAGGCCGAGAAGCUUAGUGGUAUCCUUGAUGUGAUGAAGAAGAGAGAGACAUAUGUAGAACAGAAUCUAGGAGAGAUCUUAGCUGAUAAAGAGAAGAUGAAAGAAUUCCCACAGGUCACAAGACUCCUUGAAGAGAUUCAGAACAAAUACAGCGCUGUCCGCAACGCUUCCAUGAAAGAUAAACAGGAAGAGGACGAACAGAUAGACUCGAUGUUGCAGGACCUGGAACGGAUUGAGAGAACCAUGCAGUCAUCCCAGUCCUCAAGACACCAGACGAAGGAAAUUGUUGCAGAAUAGACCAGGUCUUGGACCAGGAGUAAAUACUAGCCUUGAGAUCUGUCCAUAAUCACACAUUUAGGAUGGUUUUUAAUCUUAACUAUAAACUGAAUGUGGGUCAUAAUUAUAGUAUAGUUCCUAUUUCUAAGUUAAAAAACAGGGGUGUCAUUUCAUGAAACAAAUGGUCAGUGAUUUACACUGACUAAUUUGCUCUGAGCCAAUCAGAUUAAAGGAUUUUAGUAGCUUAUGACUAUGGUCUGUAAAAAAAUAACUAUUUGUUUCAUCAAAUACCACAGCUCUCUCUGGAUGCAGUAGAAAAAUCACUACUCCAUGUAAAUCCUUCUGCUGCUUCCCUGUAGGACAGUUCCUGUUCUGAAUUCCAAUGAGGUCCAAUUGAAAAAUAGAUCCUGUUCCAAAUUAAAGAACCAUUCCAAGUCUGAACAGUGUGUGUGUUUCCGGUCUUCAGAACUCAUCUAUAGUCUGCAAUUAGGGUUCCUCACCAUAUUGUAAAUCAUUUUCCAUUUAACACUUUUUACGAGGUGUUCAAGAAAAAGCGAAACAAUGGACUUUGAGGACUUUGUCUUCAAAUAAAUUAAAUUGCCUUCGUUAGAAGAUGCUUUAAGUAAUGAUAGAAACAAAAAAUGAUAGAAACAAAAAUAUAUCAUUUUGAAAGCAAAUUAUCGUAAGUCCAUUGUUCUACUUUUUCUGAGGCACCUUGUAUGUUCCUUCUGUAUGUUCCUUGUAGUGAUAAUCUUACUCUGAUUUAUAUAAUAAUUAUUUGAAUAGUCAGAUGCAUGAUAAUGGAGUGUCAUAUACCUAUUGGGCUUUCUGAACAAUGACAUUGUGAUAUACAUUGUGGACCAAUCUUUGUUACAGUUUUUAUACCAUUGUUACACCUGCCAAUAUGUCUAGGUUAGAAGAUGUGUGAGUGCAAACGUCCAGUAAUAAAAACCUUGAUUAGGUUUUUUUCCUAAACCUUUAAUCAGAAUGCCAUUAAUGAAAGAAAGUCAGACGGUCCAAGUGGACUUGAAAUUAUUUGUCAGUCUGACUUGAAAAUUAUAUAUCUUUCAGAUUGACACCUCUUUGAAAAUGUAUUCAUCAUAAAGCAAACCUUGAUACUUGUGUGUGUGAUUCAGCAUUUCAUCGGGUGAUUUCAAGUCCGAUGUUGAUCAUUUGUUGUUGGUUUUGCGCCAAUUCUUACAUCAGGACAAGCACCAAAGUUCCAAUGAAGCUUUCCUGGGAUGAAUUUCACACUAGGUGUUCAGCUAUCGAUAAUGUGAUUUGGAUCAUCUUUGUAAACUCAAAAUAGUUAUUGGAGCAAGGGAAGGCAAUCUGAAUUGUGCUACCAAAGCAUGCAAAAACACCAGCACCAACAUCGAACUUGAAACCACCCAUUGUUCUUGAAACCGUCCAAAAUAUACUUUACCUUGUGGGUUGAAAGUGGGUACAUUUGAUAUCGAAUAGUUUUUCAAGAAGUUUGUUAUUCUGUAUGUUCUUCAUGUUAACAUGUUAUAUAGGAUUCGAGCUGUCUUGUACAGGUAGAUUUGCCUCAGCCGAAUCUUUGAGACCAUAGAAAUAUGUUAGACCUAAGAGAAAUUUAGGUACAUAUAGCUCACGUUUUGUAUUACCAGCGACCCAUAACACAAAGGUUAGCGAUCAAAUGCUAAACGAAUUGGCCUAUCAAGAUCAUCGUUGCAUGCGCAUUUUGCUCAGAAGACUGAAUAAGAACCAGUCAGAAUUGUUCUUUCAAAUUAACGAAUCGCUAACCUUUGUGUUGCGGCGCCCUGGUCUAAAAAUUGCAUUGACUUAGGCGAAUAUUUGACCAAUGGUAGGUUGACUUUAUAUUAUGUAAGUUUACUUGUACUUGAAUAACUUUUUUUAAUAAGACCUUACGAUCAAAUUCUUAUAUAUUGGUGUAAUUGCCUCUAUGCAAUGUUUUGUAAAUAUUUGUAGAUAAGAUGCGUGAUGUAUAGAUUUGACAAAUUUACAGUAAUGUGUGAAUUGUGAAUAUGUGCUAUAAAUUAUAUUUGUAAAUAAAAUAUCUUGAAAAUCAUA